AUUGGGCCCUUCCUCUGCAUAGCUGGGCUUCUCUGGGGAUUUUGCAGAAAAAACACUGGUGCUGAGGCUGGUUCAUCUGAAAAUCCCCUGGGGCGGCCAGACUUCUACGCGUGCCGGAGUGACAGGAAGGGCGAGAGGAGCGCUUUGGGAUCUGCGGGUGGACGGCGCAGAGCGGCUCUGAGCAGCGGUGAUGCCCGGGAGAGAGGCGCAGUCGGGUGCCUCGCAAGACCCUCGCUAGGCCGGGGAGAGCGCAGAGCUCGCGAGUGGGCGGGUGCGACCCCGGCCUCGCGCUCCCAGGGGCGCGUGGGGGUUUCCCGCGAGCCGCCCCCUUCGGCCGGUGACUCAGCGCCCCGGGGGCGGUCACACAAGGGCCGCUCGGAGCCCGGCGCCGGCAGAGUCCGCGAGGCGCUCGGCCGGGAAGGAGUCGCCAGCUCCGCAGACGCAGCGAGACGCGCAGCCCCGCAGCAGCCUCUCUCCGCAGCGCCCAUGGGCCGCGGCCACGCUCCUCUGGUGACGGCGGCGCUGCUGGCGCUGGGCCUGGCGCUGAGCCUGGGUCCGGCCGCAGCGACACCCGCGCUGCCCCAGCGCUGCCCGCCCGGCACGUUCCUCAGCUGUGCGGACUGUGGGCAGAGCCCGGACGCGUGUCGCGCCUGCCCCGCGGGCACUUUCUCCGCCACGGCCAGUGCACUGGGGGCGUGCACCAGAUGCCGCCGCUGUGAAGGAAAAUUCAAAUAUAAAAGGGAGUGUUCUCCAACAGUGGAUGCAGAAUGUGCAUGUAACAAUGGGCAUCGCUGUUUUGGAAAAGACUGUUCUAAAUGUGUAGAAAACUGUGGAGUAGGUGAAGAGCCUCUUGAAGAAGGUUGCCAAAAGUGUCCCAAUGGGACAUUUAACAAUCAGACCAAUGGUCCCUGCAGACAAUGGACAAAAUGCCUUCCAGAUAAGGUCCUGGUGAAUGGGACUAAUAGGAGUGAUGUGGUUUGCGGACAAGCUUCAGAAACUAUGACUCCAGCCACCAUUUCCAUCAUAGUCCCUAUCCAUGUACAAGGGAAGGAUCUUCAGGUGGUCACCAUCGGCAUCGCUGUUACUGGGGCUGUGGUAGUGUGCAUAAUGUUUCUGCUACCUUUGUAUGUGUGCCUCAACAUCUGCGACAAAAAGAAACUACCUGCUAUGUUCAAGAAAAUGAAUGUAACACCUGAGCAAUCGACUCAGGAGGAGGAUGCCUGCAGCUGCCGCUUUCCAGAGGAAGAACAAGGAGACUGUGAUGACUGUAGCAAAUCCAAACUAUUCAAGGAUUCCUUGGUGAAUUAGAAACUGGACUUUCUAAGGAAGCCAAUUGUGGUUUCCUUUCAGAGCACAGGACAGGAGCCUGGUUACAUAAUGGGGGUAAGGGGGGGAGGGGAAGCAGAAGCAGGUUAAGUGAAUUUUAAAACUUAUGGACUGAACAAUGCAGUCGGUGGUGGAUGAAGCAGGUCUUUCUCAGUACAUCACUGUCCUACAGACAGAAGAGUUGGUCUCUAUAUUUUUAAAAAUAAAAACUAAAAAAACAAACAUAAAGCCACACACCUUUUUAAAAAUUAGCCCUUGCCAACAUCUCUAAUUCUAAUUAAACUCUCUGGGCAGCAUCUUUAAAAUGAAAGCAAACUUGCUAACUUUUUUUCAUAUGCUGAGAAUAUUAUUUCUAAAAUAUUAUGAUUUGCUCUAAAGACUAAAAAGCAUCAAUAAUACAGGAACCACAAGCCAAACUGCUCUUCUGUUACCUCUAGUAGAUGUCUAUGCUAUAGCUUACUUAUUAAAGUUUGGGAGUGAGAAUAAUGUUCCUGAAGUUACAGACUAAACACUGACUACAGCUAGGUACGGUGCAGGCAGCCAGUGUACAAGCUUCCACAACUUUGCUCUUUCCAAUACAUUUCAUGUCUGGAACUAUAGACCCUCCUAAUUUGUGCUCAGCUAUCACACUGAUGGGUGUGGUAUAAAAAUCUAGACUGAUACUAUUUCAACUCCCAGAAGCCCUCACGCCCUGGGAAUGAACUUCUAUAUCCUGCCCUACAGAAUGCUUUCCUAUUCCAGUUUAGUUAGAAGUUAAAAGGAAUAUGGUAAGUCAGGGUUGUCAAAUGUCUCAGAACACCUUUUCUGUGCUUUCCAAAUAGCUGUUAUAUUGAUUGGCUUUGUAGGUGGCGUGGAUACACCGGCGGGGGGGGGACAAACUACGGCCCAGGGGCCGCAUCCAGCCCUUGAACUCCUGCCGGGGAGCAGGGUCCAGGACUUGCCCCAGUCCGUGGCUUGCCCUGCUCCGCGCGGCUCCUAGAAGCAGCAGCAUGUCCCCCUUCCAGCUCCUACACAUAGGGGAAGCCAAGAGACUCCGCAUGCUGCCCCCACCCCAAGUACUGCCCCCGCAGCUCCCAUUGGCCAGGAAUUACGGCCACGGGCGGCACCUGCGGAGGGGGCAGUGUGCAGAGCUGUCUAGCUGCACAUCCGUGUAGAAGCUGGAGGGAGGACAUGCUGCUGCUUCUGGAAGCUGUUUGAGGUAAGUGCCACCUGGAGCCUGUACCCCUGUCACCCUCCCACGCCCCAACCCUCUGUCCCAGCCCUGAUCUCCCUCCUGUCCUCCGAACCCCUUGGUCCCAGCCUCACCCCAGAGCCCGCCCCCCACAGCCCCAUCUCACAUACUGAACUCAUUGCUGGACCCACCACAGACCCCGAGCCAGAGCCCUCACCCCCUCCCAUACCCCAACCCCCAAAUUUGUGAGCAUUCAUGGCCUACUAUACAAUUUCCAUACCCAGAUGUGGUCCUUAGGCCAAAAAGUUUGCCCGCCCCUGGGAUACACUGUGACAGGUUAUUAAUUUGAUCUGUGAGUAGUGCAACUGGACUGCUUCAUCCUUUUGAUCUUAGAAUAUUACCCUCUGAUUUUUGGAUAUGUUAAAUACAGUACAUAUAUUGCAGGUACAGUACAUGUAAAAUAUAACUUACUAUGUUGCUAAUUUCAUAGGUAGAACUAUGAUGUUGGAAAUAUUUUCGUGGCAGAAAAUGUAUCUGCCUUGAUCAGUCACUAUUGCUUUUAAUUUGAAUAAGAAUGUGUAUGUUUGAGUCAUGGCAUUGGCAGUGAUAAUUGUACCCUUUUACAGCACCAUAAAUGUAUAUUAUAUUUUUUCAUUAAAUGUUAUUCAAAAAUAUAAUGAAAGUCAACUAAAUCAACAUGUCAUGUAAAGACUGGUUUUGGUGGGUUUGUUUUUUAAACUAGGCAAGAUACAUUCCUUCUGGCAGAUGAAUGAGAGCCCAGUCACUCCCUCCAUGCAAGAGAAGCCUUAUGUAGCAGUAAUUUUUCACCAAACCCACACUCGCUGGUUUUGAUUAAAUUUAUAUAUAAUUGAUUACAAAGCAAAAUGUACGAAAAGAAGAGUCUGGAACUGAAGCCUUGCCUGAAAAUUUACAUAUUUACAUAUAUUUAAAUAAGAUUUUUUUAAAAAAAUAAAACUUUUCCUAUAUUUU